AUGUAUCUCAAAUUACAACGAUAUAGGCAAAACACUGUGUCUAAUACUCAUUUUCACAAGCUGGUAGCAAGAUUUUAUGGUCCCUUCAAAAUUAUUGAAAGAAUUGGCAAGGUUGCAUACAAAUUAGAUUUGCCACCAUCAGCUAGAAUUCACAAUGUAUUUCAUGUCUCCCUAUUGAAAAAGUACUAUGGUGAUAAUGUGUGCCAGCCAUUGGCUCAUAAAAUUGAGUCAUCACGGCGAGUGGGCACCCUAAAUGGAGCAUUUCAACCUCCACCUCUAGCUAUUCUAGAUAGAAGAAUGAAGAAGAGAAACAAUAAGGCCAUUACUGAAGUUUUGGUACAAUGGCAGGAGACUAGCCUCGAAGAUGCAGUAUGGAGAGACUUGCAAGACAUGAUAACUCAGUUUCCUAAUUUUAAUUGGCAUGCUAAUUGA